AUGCAUCUCCCCCAAGCAGCGCUUGCGGGGCCCUUCGUCUCCAUCCUCAGCAUCGUCGUCUUCCUCCUCCCCUCCACCCACGCCCUACCUCACUCCGCAGCCGCGCCCGCCAAGCCGCACGACACGCGGGCCACCGCAUUCACGCACCCAGGCCUGCUGCACACGGCCGCCGACUUCGAGCGCAUCACCGCCAACGUCAAUGCAAAGAAAGAGCCCUGGUACAGCGGGUGGCAGAAGCUCGCCGCCCACGCCGACCCGGACUACGUCGCCACCCCCGAGGAAACCGUCGUGCGCGACUCCCCGGGCGGCAACUACCCGCACCUGUACCACGACGCGGCCGCCGCGUACGCCCUCGCCGUCUACUGGAAGGUCACGGGGGACAGCACGUACGCGGACACGGCGGCCGCGAUCCUCGACGCCUGGAGCGCCGCCCUGAAGGAGAUUACCGGCGCCUCGGACAAGUUCCUCGCCAGCGGCAUCUACGGGUACCAGCUCGCAAAUGCCGCGGAGAUCCUGCGCGACUACGAGGGCUGGGACGGCUUUCCCGCGCUGGUGGACAUGCUCGUGCGCGUCUUUUACCCCAUGAACCGCGACUUUAUGGUGCGCCACAACGACGCGGCCGUGGACCACUACUGGGCCAACUGGGAGCUGUGCAACCUCGCGACCAUGGAGGCCGUCGGCAUCCUCUCGGACAAUAGCACCAUGUUCUACGAGGCGCUGCACUGGUUCCAGCAUGGUGAGGGCAACGGCGCGCUGCUGAACACGCUGUGGAAGACGUAUGAGGAGGAGGGGUCCGGCAAGGUGCUUGCGCAGGGCCAGGAGGCCGGCCGCGAUCAGGGCCACUCGAUGCUCGAUUUCGCGCUGCUGGGCGUGCUGGCGCAGCAGGCGUACAACCAGGGGGACGACGUGUUCGGGUACAGCGAGAACCUGAUUCUUGCUGGCGCCGAAUACGCCGCCAAGUACAACCUCGGCAACGACGUCCCCUACACCACGUACACGAACAGCGACGAGACGCAGACGGUUAUCAGCGCCAACGGCCGCGGCAACAUCCGCCCGGCCUGGGAGCUGCUGUACGCCCACUACGGCGUGCUCAAGGGCCUGGACGCCGAGUGGACCCGCCAGUACCGCGACAUGGUCGUCGAGGCGGGCGACGGGGCCGAGGGCGGCGGUGGCGAUUAUGGCAGCUCCAGUGGCGGGUUUGACCAGUUGGGCUUUGGGACCUUGUUGUUUAGGCUGGAUGAGUAA